AUGAUGAUCCCAUUGAAGCUAAUUCCUGUUCUAGCAACAGUUUUCCAUUUCCUCGUCCGAUCCUUGUCCGCAUCGCCGGUCGCCAUUACUGUGAGCUCGAGAUCCAUUCCCAAAUCCAGCGACCCGAUCACGAUCCGAUGGUCCGGCAUUGACUCCCCGUCGGAGCUCGAUUGGCUUGGAAUCUACUCACCUUCGAACUCCUCGCACGCGGACUUCAUCGGCUACAUCUUCCUCUCGUCCUCCCCCGGAUGCCAGUCCGGGUCGGGCUCCAUCACGAUCCCGUUGAUCAACCUGAGAUCAGAUUACCAGUUCCGGAUCUUCCACUGGACGGAGUCGGAAAUCAACCCGAAAAAGCAGGACCACGAUCACAACCCACUGCCGGGGACCAAGCAUCUCCUGGCAGAAUCGGAGACGAUCCGAUUCGAACCGGGCCGCGGGCCCGAGCAGGUUCAUCUGGCGCUGACGGGCCGGGAUGGGGAGAUGCGGGUCAUGUUCGUGACGCACGACGGGAAAGAUAAUUCCGUGAGGUACGGUUUGGCCCGGGAUAAACUGAUUCGGGUCGUGAAUACCCGGGUAUCGAGGUAUGAAAGAGAAGAUAUGUGCGAUUCGCCGGCCAAUGAGAGCGUGGGGUGGAGGGACCCUGGGUUUAUCCAUGAUGGUGUGAUGUUGGAUUUGAAGGAAGGAAAGAGGUACUAUUAUCAGGUUGGUAGUGAUUCCGGUGGCUGGAGCUCCAUAUACACCUUUAUAUCCCCAAUCAAGGACUCAACCGAGACAAUAGCCUUCCUAUUUGGGGACAUGGGGACCGCCACACCCUACUCGACCUUUGUCCGCAUUCAGGAAGAAAGCAUCUCGACCAUCAAGUGGAUAAACCGGGACAUCGAGGCCAUUGGCGACAAGCCCGCUUUGAUCUCGCACGUAGGGGACAUAAGCUAUGCCAGGGGCUAUUCUUGGCUUUGGGACAAUUUCUUCAACCAGAUCGAGCCCAUUGCCUCCAGAGUACCGUACCACGUUUGUAUCGGCAAUCAUGAAUACGACUGGCCGUCUCAGCCUUGGAAGCCCGACUGGUCCUACUCGAUUUACGGAAAAGAUGGGGGCGGGGAGUGUGGGGUCCCCUACAGCCUCCGGUUCGUCAUGCCCGGAAAUUCAUCCGAGCCCACAGGCAUGCGGGCCCCACCUACCCGAAACCUCUACUACUCGUUCAACAUGGGGGUGGGUCACAGACCCAUGUACACGACUAGCCAUGAGACGAGGGAUAAGCCCUUUAGGGAGAGACUGCUGGAGAAUCUCGAGCCUCUUCUCGUGAAAAAUAACGUGACUCUUGCACUGUGGGGCCACGUGCACAGGUACGAGCGUUUCUGCCCACUCAGCAACUUCACGUGCGGGACCUCGGGCCCGGUGCACAUGGUGAUUGGGAUGGCGGGCCAAGACUGGCAGCCCAUCUGGCAGCCGAGGACCGACCACCCGAACGACCCGAUUUUCCCGCAGCCCGUGCGUUCCAUGUAUCGUGGGGGCGAGUUCGGGUAUGUGAGGCUGUUUGCCGAUAGGGAAAAACUCACAGUGUCAUAUGUCGGCAACCAUGAUGGAGAGGUUCAUGAUGUUGUGGAGAUAUUGGCUUCAGGCCGAGUUCUUAACGGGCGGGCUGCUGGUAAUGGUGUUUCUGUUGCACAAGGUGAGUGGGGCCCGCGUGCGUCGUGGUAUGUUAUGGUUGGCAGCAUCUUGGUUCUGGGGGCUUUUGUCGGUUAUGUUUUGGGCUUCGUCUCGCGUGCAGUGAGGGAAGGUGGUUUCGGGACGAGGUGGAUGGCUGUGAAGAGUGAGGAGGCGUGA